CGCGGGCGCGCGAGCCAGACCGCCAUGACUUCCAGCGAGAUCGCCAUGCCGGGCGCGGUGAAGGCCGACCCCGCCGCGCUCAUGGCGUCCCUGCAGCUCCUGCCGUCGCCCACGCCCAACCUGGAAAUCAAGCACACCAAGAUUUUUAUUAACAACGAGUGGCAGAACUCAGAGAGUGGGAGAGUGUUCCCUGUGUAUAAUCCAGCCACCGGGGAACAGGUGUGUGAAGUUCAAGAAGCAGACAAGGCAGACAUAGACAAAGCGGUGCAGGCAGCCCGCCUGGCUUUCUCUCUUGGUUCCGUGUGGAGAAGAAUGGAUGCUUCGGAAAGAGGACGCCUGUUGGAUAAGCUUGCAGACUUGGUGGAACGAGACAGGGCAGUUCUGGCAACCAUGGAGUCCCUCAAUGGUGGCAAACCAUUCCUGCAAGCUUUUUAUGUGGAUUUGCAGGGCGUCAUCAAAACCCUUCGGUAUUAUGCAGGCUGGGCUGAUAAGAUCCACGGGAUGACCAUCCCUGUAGAUGGAGACUAUUUCACCUUCACACGACACGAACCCAUUGGAGUGUGUGGGCAGAUCAUCCCGUGGAACUUCCCCCUGCUGAUGUUUGCCUGGAAAAUUGCUCCGGCUCUGUGCUGUGGCAAUACAGUAGUUAUUAAGCCAGCAGAACAAACACCGCUCAGCGCGCUCUACAUGGGAGCCCUCAUCAAGGAGGCUGGCUUUCCACCAGGAGUCAUCAAUAUUUUGCCUGGAUUUGGGCCAACGGCUGGGGCAGCGAUAGCUUCUCACAUUGGCAUAGACAAGAUUGCGUUCACAGGGUCCACUGAGGUUGGAAAGCUUAUCCAAGAAGCAGCUGGAAGAAGUAAUCUGAAGAGAGUAACCCUGGAACUUGGAGGGAAAAGUCCCAAUAUUAUUUUUGCAGAUGCUGAUUUGGACUAUGCCGUGGAGCAGGCUCACCAGGGUGUGUUCUUCAACCAAGGCCAGUGCUGCACCGCGGGCUCCCGCAUCUUUGUGGAAGAGCCCAUCUACGAGGAGUUCGUCAGGAGAAGCGUGGAGCGGGCCAAGAGGCGCACAGUGGGCAGUCCCUUUGACCCCACCACUGAGCAGGGACCCCAGAUUGAUAAGAAGCAGUACAACAAGAUCCUGGAGCUCAUCCAGAGUGGUGUAGCUGAGGGCGCCAAGCUGGAAUGUGGAGGCAAAGGGCUGGGCCGGAAAGGCUUCUUCAUCGAGCCCACGGUGUUCUCAGACGUCACCGACGACAUGCGGAUUGCCAAAGAAGAGAUCUUUGGCCCUGUUCAGGAAAUUCUGAGGUUUAAGACAAUGGAUGAAGUUAUUGAAAGAGCCAAUAACUCAGACUUUGGACUGGUCGCAGCUGUCUUCACCAAUGACAUCAACAAGGCCCUCACAGUGUCGUCUGCGAUGCAAGCUGGGACUGUGUGGAUCAAUUGUUACAAUGCUUUAAAUGCCCAGAGCCCGUUUGGGGGAUUCAAGAUGUCUGGAAAUGGGAGAGAAAUGGGAGAAUUCGGUUUGCGAGAGUACUCAGAAGUGAAGACUGUGACAGUAAAGAUCCCCCAGAAGAACUCCUAAGAAGGCCAAGAAGGAAGGAGAGAGCCAGCCUGCACACCUCCCCUCUGCUGUCCCUGUGGGGCCCCGCUCUCAGCAGCACACAGCUGAUACACAGUCCUUAUUAAAG